UUCUGAAAAUGUGUGUGUGUAUAUAUAUAUAGUUCUCCAAAUAAUGUCCCUCCAUAAACACACAAUCUACAGACACAAUUGUACUAAGCAUUGGUUCUUACACAAGAGUAAGAAAAAUCAUUUCCACAGGAAUUUAUUCAUGUCAAGGACAUUUUAUUGAUUGAAGAAAUGGUGUAUAGACUACCACAGCGGUGAAGUCCCAUUAAUAAGAUGGUAAUUAAGAAUCAUUAAAUUAAUUUUAAUGUGUGUAAUAAAGAGUAGCUGGUAACCCCCCCUGGACCUGGGCCAUGGUUUUGGAUGUGGGUUCGAAUCCCGCUCAAACUGUGGGGAGUUUGCAUGUUGUCUUCACAUGCCCCCCCCUUCACAGUCCAUAGACAUGUGAUUCCGGAAGGGGCAGGACAGGCUGUGGACCACAGUGAUCCUGCAUUGGACAAGUGGUAAUAUGGACCAGGGACAGAUGCUUGUAAAACCUGGAAUCAGUUACAAAUGACUCAUCAUGGCUGCAUGCAUUAACAGGUCCAAUUUGUGUACCCGUCUUAACAUGUUAACAGAAAACUCUAUGGAUAGUAACACAUAGUCAACAUGUUAACAGAACUCAUUUUUACAGCCCAUGACCUGGCAGACCCUCUGAAAAAGAUGCAAUAACUGCGCCCAAAUUGCACCGCGCGCUUCCAACAGGAAACCCUGUAACAACCCUGUGGAAAAAAGCGCGCGCAUCCAGGAGGUUUCCCAUGUCCCCAAUCCCGUGUUUCCGUUUCAAGGCUGAGAUCCGCACGGCGUGGACAUCCACUUCACACCGUGUUCGGCGACCUUCACGGCGGAUUUGAGUACAGGGAAUCCCGGUGGAGUGACAGAGACCUCCGCGCGGCCCACGCCCAAAGCCGGUCACCCGUCGCUGCAGCCGCCGUCGCCGCCGCCGCCGAGCGCACGCGCAAUGCGCCCGGCCCCCCUCCCCCGUGUCAAACAUGGCUGUGCCUUUUGGAUAAAGAAACAUGUUGAAUUGGCUUGAAAGAUGUUUUAAAAACAAACGACCAUGGCUAGACUGGCUGAUUAUUUUGUUGUCGUGGGAUACGACCACGAGAAGACCGUCCCAGGUUCAGAAGGAUGCGGGAAGAUCAUCCAGCGUUUCCCAGAGAAGGACUGGGAUGGCACGGCGUUCCCUCCUGGGGUGGAAAUGUUCUGCCAGCCAGGAGGGUGGAGUCUGUCCAGCGAGAGGAAGCAGCCCACUUUCUUCACUGUGGUAUUGACUGAUAUCGACUCCAACAGACACUACUGCUACUGCCUGACAUUCUAUGAGGCAGAGAUCAAUCUGCAGGGAUCUAAGAGGAUGGAGAUGGAUGGGGAUGAAGAUGAGGAAGAGGAACAGAACUGUUUGAUCAAACCUGCUCAGGUGUUUGCACCAAAAAGUCUUAUUCUGGUGUCCAGGCUGGAUUUUCCAGAAAUAUUCCGGGGAUGUCUGGGCCUGAUCUACACAGUUUACAUAGACUCCCUCAACUCCCCCCUUGAGGGCCUGGUGGCAAACCUCUUCUGCUGCCUUGUACCUUUGGCAGGCGGCUCUCAGAAACUCUUCUCGCUUGGAGCAGGCGACCGGCAGCUGAUCCAGACUCCACUGAAUAGUAACUUGCCCAUCACGUAUAAAAGCGUGGCACUCCUCUUUCAGCAGCUAGGUAUCCAGAACGUGCUGAGCCUGUUCUGUGCGGUUCUUACUGAGCACAAGGUCCUCUUUCACUCCACCAGCUACCAGCGGUUGGGGGAGGCCUGCCGCGCUCUGGAGUCCCUCAUGUUUCCUCUCAGAUACAGUUACCCGUACAUUCCUGUCCUCCCCUCACGCUUACUGGAAGUGUUGAGUUCACCUACGCCAUUCAUCAUUGGGGUCCACUCAAUGUUCCAGAGUGAGAUUCAGGAACUCCUGGAUGUCAUAGUCGCAGAUCUGGAUGGAGGAACGAUAAAGAUUCCAGAGUGCAUCCACCUGUCUCACCUGCCAGAGCCACUGCUGCAGCAGACCCAGGCAGCACUGUCUAUGGUUCUGCAUCCUGACCUCGAAGUAGCAGAUAAUGCUUUUCCACCCCCUCGAAUAGCUUCAUCCAACAUGAAACUGCUGGACAAAGAGGUGCGAGCUGUGUUCCUGCGCCUGUUUGCUCAGCUCUUCCAGGGCUACAGGUCAUGUCUGCAGCUGAUCCGCAUCCAUUCCGAACCGGUCAUACACUUCCACAAGACGGCAUUCUUGGACCAAAGAGGUCUCAUUGAGAAUGAUUUCCUGACGAAGGUGAUGGACGGAAUGGCAUUUGCUGGCUUUGUCUCAGAGAGAGGUCCCCCAUAUAGAGCCUGUGAUCUCUUUGACGAGCUGGUGGCCUGUGAUGUGGAGCGGUUCAAGGAAGAGGAGCAGAACCAGGCAAAGCUACAGGAGCGUAUCCGUGAGCUUUCCGAGCAACUCUACAAGAACGAGAACCCAAACCCCCACAUGGCCUUCCAGAAAGUUCCGCGUCCCACAGAGGGCUCCCACCUGCGGGUGCACGUGAUGCCCUUCCCAGUACUAAAUGGGACACGUGUGCAGGCGCUGCUGGAGGAGGGGCAGGCUAAGCAUCCUGCCCCUGCAGCCUCUGGCCGGGCUGAGAAGAGGUGUGUGGUGCCGGCCGGACCACCAGUGGUGUCAAUCUCCGGCCAGACAGGCUCCAUUUUCAACAGCGCGCGGAGACUCGAGGUUGUUAGGAGUUGCGUCACAUCCAUCUUCGACAAUAAGACCUUGGAGACAGAGAAGAUGCUUCCUGCUGCACUCCGGGCCUUGAAGGGCAAGUCGGCCCGCCAGUGCCUAACUGAGGAGCUCCGGCUUCACGUGCAGCAGAACCGAGCCAUCCUGAACCACCAGCAGUUUGACCACAUUGUGCGCAUGAUGAACUGUGCACUGCAGGACUGCUCCAGCUCUGAGGAAUACACGGUUGCUGCGGCAUUGCUACCGUUGACAACAGCUUUCUACAGGAAACUGGCUCCCACUGUGAAUCAGUUUGCCUACACCUGUGUACAGGACCACCCCGUCUGGACCAAUCACCAGUUUUGGGAAACUACAUUCUACAGUGAAGUGCAAAAUCAGAUUCGAUCCCUUUACCUCAUCACACCACAAGAAAAAAUAGGGCUCACUGCCAAACUAAAGGAGAGGGGCUCAUCAGUGCCCUUCAGCAGAUCAGAGGCAGAGCUCACAGCCAUGGACCUGGCAGCAGAACAGCUGCGAGCCUGGCCUAGCCUCAGCGAGGAGAAGCAGAGAGAACUGGUAAAGAACGAGGAGAGCACAGUCUUCAGCCAGGCCAUCCACUACGGCAGCCUCAUGGUCUACAUGCUGGUACCACUGGAUGCUAGCAAGAACAAGCUGCUGCACUCUGCACCUGCGGCAGACUGGGAGAGUGGCAGCAACAGUGUCAUCACCAACAACAGCAUUGCAGGCAGCGUGGCAGAGAGCUUUGACACAGAGAGUGGGUUUGAGGACUCCGAGAACAGUGAUAUUGCCAACUCGGUGGUGAGAUUUGUGUCACGCUUCAUCGACAAGGUGUGCACUGAGAGUGGAGUCACUCAGGACCACAUCAAAAAUCUUCACAGCAUGAUCCCAGGGAUUGUGGCCAUGCAGAUGGAGACCCUGGAGGCUGUUCAUCGGGAAAGCAGGAGACUUCCUCCCAUACAGAAGGCCAAAAUCCUGAAGCCCCCACUACUUCCAGGAGAAGAGAUUGUGUCAGAGGGUCUGCGAGUAGUGCUUGACACGGACGGGCGAGAGGAGGCCACAGGAGGUCUGCUGGGGGGGCCACACAUGCUUCCUGCAGAGGGAGCACUCUUCCUCACCACCUAUCGGGUUGUCUUCAAGGGCACACCUCACGACCCCCUGGUGGGCGAGCAGACUGUGAUCCGCAGCUUCCCUGUGUCCACCCUAACCAAGGAGAAGAAGAUCACCCUACAGAACCAGCUCCAGCAGAAUAUCCAGGAAGGCUUGCAGAUGCGGUCUGCCUCCUUCCAGCUGAUCAAGGUGGCAUUCGAUGAAGAGGUGAGUGCAGAAAUGGUGGAGAUCUUUAGGAAGCACCUUCAGAGGAUACGCUGUCCGCAGUCCAUCUUCAGCACCUUUGCCUUUGCUGCGGGGCAGACUGUCCCCCAGCUCAUUCUCCCCAAGCAUAAGGAGAAAAACACAGGCCUCCGCACACUUUCAAAAACCAUUGUGAGGGGGGCAAAGAAAGCAGGGAAGAUAACCAUAGGGCGUCAGAACACAGCCAAGAAAAGUGAAAGGAGCAAUCGCAUGACCUGGCAUGAGGACGAUGAUGUCUCCGUGUCGGACGACAGUGAACCACCCACGUGUAGCACGCUGAAGGCAUCAGAGAAGUCCACCAUGGAGCAACUGGUGGAGCAGGCCUUCUUUCGGGAUUACCAGCGCCUGGGCCUGGGCACCAUCACAGCAAGCUCCUCACGGUCCAAGGCCGGCGAACAGUUUCGGGUCACUGCUGUCAACAGGCUAUACUCUCUAUGCCGCAGUUACCCUGGGCUGCUAGUGGUGCCCCAGUCAGUGCAAGACAGCAGCCUGCAGAAGGUGGCACGCUGCUAUCGGCACAACCGCCUGCCCGUGUUAAGUUGGAAGCACCCUCGGACCAAAGCUGUCCUCCUUCGCUCAGGAGGCUUCCAUAGCAAGAGCGUCGUAGGCCUCUUCAAGUCCCAGAACAGCCCCUCGACAGCACCAGUUUCCUCAGAGACCUCCAGCAGCCUGGAGCAAGAGAAGUACCUGCAGGCCAUCGUGAAUGCCAUACCUGCCUGCUCCAAGAUGAGCACCUCUAACAGUGCAGCAAACCGCUCUCUUACUGGCUUCUCCCCUGGCAGUGAAAGACGAACACCAAGGAUACCAAAGAUGGCAGCGGUCUAUUUGGACGUGCCCGUUUCCAACAGCUUUGCAAGAGGAGUGCUUGGGUACAGGGAUAAACUAUUCACUCACUCACACCAAAGACCUGCCUCUAAGGGAAGAAUCCAGAGUCAAGGUGUGUGGGCCAGCCUCCGCUCCAGUAGUCGCUUCACCGCUCAUCCAUCUCCAGCAGAGCUGGCCAUGCGUCUGGCAGGGAAGGAGCUGGCCCCACCAGCAGGCAGUGAGAGCCUGCAGGCCCAGCUACUCAAGGAGCAGGCUGCCCUCUACAUCUUUGGGGAGAAGUCCCACCUAAGGGGUCUCAAACUGGAUGUGGGCUUGAACUGUGAGUUGGUGCCUGUGGACUUUGUUGACACACGGCAAGUGAAAGGGGCCUUCAAGAAGCUGCUGCGGGCGUGUGUGCCCAGCUCAGUAAUCUCCGAUGCAGAGGGUGGCUUUCUCAAGGACCUGGAGGAGUCUGAGUGGAUUCUUCAGCUUCACAAGGUCCUUCAGCUCACCCUGAUCUUGGUGGAGGUGCUGGAUAGUGGCUCCUCAGCUAUGCUGAGCCUGGAGGAUGGCUGGGACCUCACCACUCAGGUGGUGUCUCUUGUCCAGCUGCUUAGUGACCCCUUCUACAGGACCCUGGAAGGUUUCCAGGUGCUCCUAGAAAAGGAAUGGUUGUCCUUUGGUCACAAGUUCAGCCAGCGCAGUACCCUGGCCCCAAGUAGCCAGGGAAGUGGCUUUGCACCCGUGUUCCUGCAGUUCCUGGACUGUGUCCACCAGAUCCACAACCAGUAUCCCUUAGAAUUUGAGUUCAAUCAACAUUACUUGAAGUUCUUGGCCUACCACUACGUUUCCAACCGCUUCAAGAACUUCCUCCUGGACUCGGACUACGAGCGCCUUGAACACGGCACCCUGUUUGAGGACAAGGGAGACAAGCAGGCCAAAAGAGGAAUCUGCAUCUGGGACUGCAUCAGCAGGAUGCACCGGAGGUCGCCUCUGUUCUUCAAUUACCUGUACAGCCCCUCCGAAGCUGAGCCAAUGCUUAAGCCAUCCAUCAGCAUCCCCAACCUAAUCAAGUGGGACUACUUCACCGGGGAGACCCUCUCCAUGGGUCCCUGCUAUGACUGGAGGAUGGUAGCUAGCUGGACAGAGGGUGGAGAGGACACAGACACCAUCAGCAGCAGCAAGAGGAAGAUUGUCUGGCCUUGCUAUAGCAGUGUGGGCCGUGCCCAGCCCGAUGCCAUCACCAAGCUGCUGGCGGACAUAGAGAGACUGGAGGCUGAGCUUGGACAGGCUCCUGAACGCUGGCAAACCACACUGGAGAAGGUGAAAGCAAGUAUCAAGGAAGACCUGAAGCAAGAAAGUAGCCUCCAGAAGCAGACAGUGGCCCUUUCAGGUCUGAUACCAACCUCAAACCUGCAGGCCUUCCAGCGCCACUCCAUGCUCUACCUGCCUGACAGCGGCCUGGGCAAGGACAGCAGCCCAGCAGCCUCUAAUGGGGUCAGCCGCAGGGCAGCCACCCUCUACAACCAGUUCACUCCCAAGAAUGACGAGAACAGGUCAUUUGAAGGAGUCCUGUUCAAACGGGGAGCUCUGUUGAAAGCCUGGAAACCUAGAUGGUUUGUUUUGGAUAUUACGAAACACCAGAUGAGAUACUACGACACAGGUGAAGACACCAACUGUAGGGGCCACAUUGACUUGGCAGAGGUUGAGUCGGUUGCACCAGCAGUCCCCACCAUCGGCGCUCCCAAACACAUCAGUGAGAAGGCCUUCUUCGAUCUAAAGACAACCAAGCGCACGUACAACUUCUGUGCUUCAGACGCUCAGAGUGCCCAGCAGUGGAUGGACCGGAUCCAGAGCUGCAUCUCUGAUGCGUGACCGUGCCCAUCAUGGGCUGGCUGGACCAAGAACGUACAGGGGCAGAGGUGUGACAUCGCAGUGGCCAUGUCCAGCUCCCUCCACCUCACUUGAGACAGGAGAUCACAUCACUGUGGAUUGCACUAACUGCAAACACUAGGUUUUCCAGUGUUCAUAUGCAACUAGACAGAACUGUUGUACUGUUUGUUUUAUACUGUGGAGUCCAUGUAAAAACAUUAGCACAAUGAAAAGUAUUGCUGCUUUCAGAAUACGGCAGUCUGAACCAUUAUUGGAAGUGCACUAAACAAAAAGGCAAUCAGUUUGCACUUAAUCCUGUAACACAUUGGCUUUAAAGGCAUUAUUUUAGACUGAUGUACAUGGAGUGAAGUUACGUUUAAAAAAACCUUUGCACACUGAAGUAAAAUCUGACAUUUUGUAUUCUGUUUUUAAUGUUUUUGUUAUGUUUUUAUUAAACCCUUUUGUUACC